AUGUCGGUGGAGGUCCUGACCACCAUCUCGCCCACGACCAACGAGCCUAUAUUGACACGCAAUGGAGUCUCGGCUGCCGAGUUAGAAGAGAUACCCAGGGUCGCCGUUGAGAGCUUCCUGAACUGGCGGCAGACCUCCUUGACUGAUCGCCAGAUCAUCGUCAGGAAAGCACUAAAACUGUUGGAGAAGAAGAAGGAUGAGCUCGCCGAGGAGCUGACCGUCCAGAUGGGACGGCCGAUCGCUUACACUGGUGGUGAAAUCUUGACCGCUAUUAAACGCGCCGACUUCCUCGUGAAAGUCAGCGAGGAUGCCCUGAAAGACACAGACGGGGAGCCGGAGAAAGGAUUCAGGCGCUUCAUCCGGAAGGUUCCCGUCGGUCCCGUUCUCAUCAUUUUCGCUUGGAACUACCCUUACUUAAUCCUGGUCAACUCGCUGAUCCCGGCGUUGCUCGCGGGCAAUUCCGUCAUCCUGAAGCCUUCUCCUCAGACUCCCACCAUAGUCGAACAGGUUGCCAAGAUCUUCGCGGAGGCCGGGCUGCCUGCCGGCGUCCUGCAGUACUUCCACUGCGGCUCGCACGUGCUGAUGGAGUCUAUGGUGCGAAACCCCAAGAUCGCCCUGAUCUGCUUUACUGGUUCUGUCGCCGGAGGGUUAGCCGUCCAAAAGGCAGCCUCGGACAGAAUUGUCCACGUUGGUCUUGAGCUCGGCGGCAAGGAUCCUGCCUACGUGAGGGGAGACGUGGACCUCGAUUGGGCCGCGGCCGAGAUAGUCGACGGGUCCAUUUUCAACUCGGGGCAGAGUUGCUGCGCCAUCGAGCGGGUCUACGUCGACGAGAAGAUCUACAGCCCCUUCGUCGAGGCCGUCCAGGAGGUCCUGAAGGGCUACAAGGUCGGAGACCCUCUGUCUAAAGAGACCCAGAUCGGGCCGGUCAUCUCCCCGCGGUCCAAGGAGACCGUCGAAUCCCAUAUCCGGGAUGCGUUGGCGAAAGGCGCAAAGGACCUGACACCGGAGAACCCGACAUUCUCGAGCUUACCGUCAAAGGGCAACUUUGUUAAACCUACCCUCCUCGUCGACGUCGACCACAGCAUGGCGGUCAUGACGGAAGAGACGUUCGGGCCGGUCAUCUCGGUCAUGAAGGUCGGGAGCGACGAAGAGGCCGUCGCGCUGAUGAACGACAGCGAGUUUGGCUUGACGGCUAGCAUAUGGACGAAGGACGUAGAAAAAGGUUACGAGUUGGCGGAGAGCGUCGAAGCGGGGACGGUCUUCGUCAACCGCGCGGAUUACCCCAGCCCGGAUCUCGCCUGGACGGGCUGGAAGAAUUCGGGCAAGGGCGUGACGCUGAGCAGGUUUGGCUACGACCAAUUCGUGAAGCUGAAGAGCUACCAUCUGAAGGACUAUCCGAAAUGAAUUGACGAGAACCACGAGAAGCGCGAGAACCGCACGCCCAGGGCUUAGCGGCUACCUAGCAAGUUAGCCACUCCGUAGGCCGCCUUGGAUGCCGGACUGCGGGUUUGGCAUGUAAGUGGGAAUAGUCGACGACUACUACUGCCACUAGCCCUACUACGACUACUAUUGCCACUGCCGACUCACUUAGCAUGUGUAGCCGGGGUGGGAGGGGGCUGUGUUGCGCGCGCGUGCUCGUGUGUGUGCGUGUGCAGACUUGCGUGUGUGUAUACGUGCGU